AAAAAUCGAUUAAAAUUUUCUAAAUUUAUUCAAACGUCGCGAAUUUGUCGCGUUUUUUUAAGGCCCCCGACGACGCUGGUCUGCAAAGUUUUUCCGACCUCCUCUGUGUGUAUGUGUGUGGGUGUGUGCGCGAGCUUUUGGUGACUUGGAAAACCGCAAAAUAUGCAAAACAACACAUUAUUUUAACGCGAGUGAAUCACGGAAUUCUCCGACCAGGCUUUCAAAGGGAAAACUAGCUGGAAAAUUCGAGGAAAAUCGCACCGCCAAGAUUGAUAGAACUUUGGCGGAAAAGCCUUUUCCGAGUGUGGUUUGGCAGCGCUUCUAUAAUUAAUUUAUCAAGUCGAGCCUCCGACUAAGGAAGGGACCGACCUAGAACCAGGACAGGCCAGGUCAGGACAAGACACCGGAAUGCCGCUCAAGACGCAACAACGACGGAACACGGCGCAUCGCGUCUCCUCGAUGCAGAAGCUGGGCAAGGGAGAGCCGGUCGACAACGACGAGUUCGAGUCAUGGGUCAAGUCGAAGCAGCUGCUCAAACCGGAUGACCAGCUGGACCUAACGGAGGCCGAGCUUGGCGAGGAGAUCCCGAAGCUACUGUCCACCGAGAAUCGGCACCUGCCCCGGAACCUGGUCAUCUAUGACUUCCGCGAGGGUGCCUACGUGCCGAUUCCGGUUCCGGAGAACACGGUCACGCUGCUGGAGUUUGAGGGCACCUCGCUGCACAAGGACACCACCGAGGCCAAGGAGCAGAUCUCGCGCAAGGGAACCGAUGAACUGAACGUCACCUUGGACAAACCGGCCGAACCAAGCCCGGAGGAGGAAGAGACCACACCCAAGCCGGAAACGCCGGACGGCGAGGACACCGAACGGGACGAAGAUGAAGCUGAAGCGGAAGCUGAAGCCCAGGAGCAGGAAGAGGAAGUCCAAGCUGCGCCAGAGGAAGAAGCACCCAAGAAGAAGUUGACCAACCAGUUCAAUUUCUGCGAGCGUGCUGCGUUGACCAUUGCAAAUCCUUCGAGAGCCGUCGAUACGCAAACCAUUCCGCCGCCGAGGUCAUCCUACGGAUCCAGUGUGCUCCAGUGGGUCAUCUACGACUCGUACGCCGAGGACUAUGCCCAGCAGCAGCGCGAAAAGGAACGGGAGAAGGAAAAGAAGCCGAUGCUGCACAAGCGGGAUGAAAAGUCGCGCAAGGAUGACAAGGCCAAGCAGACGGAGGAGUUCAACAAGCGGUACCUGCAGGCCUGCCAGAUCAUCGAGCGGAUGGUCAACCAAAAUAUCUACGACGAGAUCGCGCAGGACUACCGCUACUGGGAGGAUCCGUCGGAUGAGUUUCGCGAGGAGGAGGGAACGCUGCUGCCGUUGUGGAAGUUUUCGUACGAGAAGACGAAGAAGAUGUGCGUGACGGAUUUGUGCUUCAAUACGCUGUACUACGAUCUGUUUGCGGUGUGCUUUGGAACGCUGGACUUUAUGAAGCAAGGCAACGAAGGAGCGGUGUGCCUAUUUACGAUCAAGAAUCCGUCCUUUCCCGAUUACAGAAUUACGACCGAAUCGGGCGCGAUGUGCUGCGAUAUCCAUCCCAAGUACCCGUACCUGAUUGCGAUUGGCCUGUACGACGGAAACGUGAUCGUGUACAACCUGCAGGUGGGCACCAAGGAGCCGGUCUACAUGUCCCACGGGGUCAACGGGAAGCACUCGGAGUGCGUGUGGGAGCUCAAGUGGGGCCCGGACAUGCAGGACGGCGAGAUUAACUUCUUCACCGUUUCCGGCGACGGGCGCGUCUUCAACUGGGUGCUGAUGCAGAACAAGCUCGCAAUUACGACAAUUAUCUCGCUGUUUCUCGAUAUCGACCAGGUCGGUGGCCCGGACGGGAGCUCGCUCAAGCUGAAGGGCUGCGGCAUGUGUAUGGUGUUUCAUCCGAAUAAUCCGGAGAUUUUCCUCGUCGGAACGGAGGAGGGUUACAUCUUCAAGUGUAGCACGGCGUACAGCUCCAAAUAUCUGAUGACCUACUACGCGCACUACCUGUCGGUGCACCGGAUGGACUACAACAAGUUCAACUCGAACAUUUUCGCGUCCUGCAGCGGCGACUGGCGCGUCAAGAUUUGGGAGGACAUGCGACCCGAGCCCCUGUUCAUCUUCGACCUGGGCGCAUCCGUUGGGGACGUCAAGUGGGCCCCGUACUCGAGCACGGUGUUUGCGGCGGUCACCACCGAGGGCAAGGUGUUUGUGUUUGACCUGAACGUGAACAAGUACAAGGCGAUCUGCAUCCAGGCCGUGGUGUCCAAGCGCAAGAACAAACUGUCCCGGUUGGCCUUCAACCACAAGCUUCCGUUCAUUAUCGUGGGCGAUGACAAGGGGACCACAAUUACGCUGAAGCUGUCGCCAAAUCUACGCGUCAAGACCAAAGCCCCGAAGAAGGCCGUUCCGGUGGAUCCACACGCACUGGAGGUGCAGAAGUUGGACCGGUUGCUGUCACUCGUGCGGGAGCUGCCCGAGGGAGAGCUGGUGAAGGAAACAGUUUCGACGGUGGCUUCCAAUUGAGGGGGUUGAAAGGGAGAUGUGGAAUUUCGAAUUUAGUAGUGAAAGAAGUGUUGAGAUUUGUAGUGAAAAUAAUAAAUUAUUUAUUUCUUAGAUGGUUUAGUCAGACAAUAA